CAACCCUCACAAUCGGUUUGGUCGUUGAUACCACACCCUCUCCCAUCUAAAAUUCCACUUCUACCCUUCUAUUCUCCUCCCUUUUGUUAUCCCCAAAAAAGUUUCAAUUUUGAUUUUUGUUUCUAGGGUUUAGACUUUUGUUGAGAUCCUUUGCUUCAUCCAUUUCCAAAUUCCUAAUACCCCUGACCUACCCUCCUUCACUACCACUUCACCAUAAAUCCACAUCUGAUCGCCUAACCCUAACUACUGAGAGAGGAGAGAUCCACUGCCAUGGAAUUCUUGCAGGAAAGCCAAAUCCAGGUCAUCGGCAUCGCCGUCGCCGUGGCUGCGAUCGCCGCCGGCGCUGCCUACCUCUAUCUCAGCAAGAAACCCAAAGGUUGUUUGGACCCUGAAAACUUUAGGGAGUUCAAGCUUGUGGAUCGGAAGCAGCUAAGCCAUAAUGUGGCCAAGUUCCGGUUUGGCUUACCCACACCUACUUCUGUGCUGGGUCUUCCCAUUGGGCAGCAUAUCAGUUGCAGAGGAAAGGAUGCUGUUGGUGAAGAAGUGAUCAAACCUUAUACACCAAUUACGUUGGAUUCAGAUGUUGGUUACUUUGAGCUUGUAAUAAAGAUGUAUCCUCAAGGAAGGAUGUCUCAUCAUUUCCGCGAGCUGCGUGUUGGUGACUUCUUGUCCGUAAAGGGCCCUAAGGGUCGAUUUAAAUAUCAACCAGGACAAGUAAGAGCAUUUGGAAUGCUUGCUGGAGGGUCUGGCAUUACUCCUAUGUUUCAAGUUGCCAGGGCUAUAUUGGAGAACCCAAAUGACGCUACUAAAGUUCAUCUUAUCUAUGCAAAUGUUACAUAUGAUGAUAUCCUUGUGAAGGAAGAGCUAGAUGGGCUUGCCACCAACUAUCCCAAUCGCUUCAAGGUGUACUAUGUGCUAAAUCAGCCACCUGAAAACUGGGAAGGUGGGGUUGGUUUUGUGUCAAAGGAGAUGAUUCAAGCUCACUGCCCAGCUCCUGCCUCUGAUAUUCAGAUUCUCCGGUGCGGACCUCCUCCCAUGAACAAGGCCAUGGGCGCGCACCUUGAUGAUCUUAGUUAUUAAGAGAUGCAGUUCCAGUUCUAAUCCUUCAUAAUCUCCAAAUCUCAUAAGCUAUUGAACAAGACCGAAAGAUUCUUGUAUUUGCAUGCCAUUCAACUUUCAUUAGCUUGUCAAGACUCAACCUUUUGUUGUUUUUGCCUGUAAUGUACUUUUUUGUAUUCGAGGUUUCUCUCGAUGAAAAUGGUUUGUACCACAUCUCUGUGUAUCUUGCAAUCAGGAAGCUAAUACUUGGAAGAAUUAAAUUGAAUAAGAACCAAGUUAAAGUUGCAGGCAAUUACAUGUUACCAUUUUCAUC